AUGUAUGCUAGUCGAGAGGAUAUUGGGUAUGAUUUUGGAGAUGACUCAAAAGUUGGAAGUAAACCAAUUAAUCCUAAUCCAAACAUCGAUGGAGGAUGGGCUUGGAUGAUUGUACUGUCCUCUUUCCUUGUGCACAUACUUAUCAUGGGGUCCCAAAUGGCCCUUGGAGUACUCAACAUGGAAUGGCUUGAAGAGUUUAAUCAAAGUCGUGGCUUAACAGCGUGGGUUAGCUCCCUCAGCAUGGGCAUUACACUUAUUGUAGGUCCUUUCAUUGGUUUAUUCAUCAGCAUGUGUGGGUGCCGCAAGACAGCUAUAAUUGGAGGGAUAUUGAAUGCCCUAGGCUGGAUACUGAGUGCCUAUGCCUCAAAUGUGCACUACCUCUUUCUUACAUUUGGAGUGACAGCCGGCGUUGGAAGUGGCAUGGUUUAUCUGCCUGCGGUGGUCAUGGUGGGGCAGUAUUUUCAGAAGAGAAGAGCACUUGCACAGGGACUCAGUACCACCGGAACAGGGUUUGGAGCUUUCCUAAUGACUGCCUUACUGAAGUACCUCUGCACCGAAUUUGGGUGGAGGAACGCUAUGUUCAUCCAGGGCGCCAUCUCCCUGAACCUUUGUGUCUGUGGGGCACUUAUGAGACCACUCUCUCCCAAAGACGUUAGUGAAAAAUAUGUUGUGAGAAGUAAUAGUGAAGAUAAUCAGGCAAAAGGCCUGUCCCAUUCUGCAGAGACUAUAAAAUCUAAUGGAGUCCUCAGUGAAGAACCGGACAAAAAAGAAGAGACAACAAAUGAAGAAGUCCUUGACUGUGUUCAGCACAUAGAAAUUGGAGCGAAAUCUAGAAGUGGACGGAAUAUGUAUGGACUGCGCAUUCUUAAGACAGUGAGCCAGCUGACGGUUACAGUCAGGAAGGGCUUUGCAGUGUGGUACUCCAGCUACUUUGGGGCUGCAUCACUGUUUACCAAUAGAGUAUUUGUGGCCUUUAUAAUUUGGGCUUUGUUUGCCUAUAGCAGCUUUGUCAUUCCCUUUAUUCAUCUUCCAGAAAUAGUCAAGCAGUACAACUUAUCUAGUCAGGACAAUAUAUUCCCUUUGACAUCCAUUAUAGCCAUUGUUCAUAUUUUUGGUAAAGUGAUCCUUGGAAUCAUCUCUGAUCUCCCGUGCAUCAGCACGUGGAAUGUCUUCCUCAUGGCUAACUUUACCCUGGUCACCUGCAUCCUUACUUUGCCACUAAUGCAAACAUACAUUGGCCUGGCUGUGGUUUGUGCUCUAAUAGGAUUUUCUAGCGGCUAUUUUUCUCUAAUGCCUGUUGUGACUGAAGAUUUAGUUGGAACUAAACACCUUGCGAAUGCCUAUGGCAUCAUCAUUUGUGCCAAUGGAAUAUCUGCAUUGCUUGGACCACCCUUUGCAGGUUGGAUCUAUGACAUCACACAUAAAUACGAUUUUUCUUUUUACAUAUCUGGCUUGCUGUACAUGGUGGGAAUAAUAUUUUUACUUAUACAACCUUGUAUUCAAAAGAAACAACCAAGAGAAAAAUCUUCGGAAGAGGCACAAGCAUAG